AUGAUGAAAGUGAAAGAGGAGAGUCAAGCUGAAGUGGAUGAGAAACAUCAGAUUCUAAAACUAAACCAUAAUGUUUCACAGAAAGAAACUCUGAAGACAGAAGACAUAAAGUGUGAAAAUAGUUUCAGAGAAGAUGAACGCCCUGCAGAUCACAAGAGGACUCACAGUGAGGAGAAACCUUUAACAUGUCAACAGUGUGGAAAGAGUUUCAGAAGAAAAGAUUCCCUUAAAGCACACAUGAGGAUUCACACCAGAGAGAAACCACACCCGUGCCAUCACUGUGAAAAGAGUUUUACAACUGCAGGUAACCUUAAGACACAUUUGAGGAUUCACACUGGAGAGAAACCUUACACUUGUCAUCAAUGUGAAAAGAGUUUUACAACUGCAAGUAACCUUAAGAUACAUUUGAGGAUUCACACCGGAGAGAAACCUUACACUUGUCAUCAAUGUGCAAAGAGUUUUUCUGUUGAAAGUAACCUUAAGGUACACGCGAGGAUUCAUACUGGAGAGAAACUAUUUGUGUGCCAAGAGUGUGGAAAGAGUUUUAUAACUGCAGGUGAACUUAAAAAACACAUGAGGUCUCACACCGGAGAAAAACCUUACACUUGUCAUCAGUGUGGAAAGAGUUUUAGAACAAAAGCUUACCUUAACAUACACAUGAGGAUUCACACUGGAGAGAAACGAUACGUGUGCCAUCACUGUGAAAAGAGUUUUAUAACUGCAGGUGAACUUAAGGUACACAUGAGGAUUCACACUGGAGAGAAACCUUCGACCUGUCAUCAAUGUGGAAAGACUUUUUCUAAUGAAAGUAACCUUAAAAUACACACAAGAAUUCACACUGGAGAAAAACCUUACAGAUGCCAUGAGUGUGAAAAAUGUUUCAGAAGCAAAAGUAACCUGAAAACACACAAGAAAAUUCACAAAGCAGAGAAACUUCACUCAUGUUCUCAGUGUGAAAACAGUUUCAUUGAUAAAUGUGGACUUGAGACUCACAUGAGAAUCCACACUCGAUAGAAACCAUUCAUGUGUCAACAGUGUGGAUAUGACAACAAAGUUUAGAAAUCAGCUGAGGUCUUAUUAAUAAAACUGUCUGGAGGAUCCUUACUAAAAGUCUACAUGCACACAAAAGCCCAAAAUCUCUGUACUUGUGUUCUUGUGGACUUGUAAAACGUCAUCAGUCACGGCCCAAGUACUGCUCCAAUUCCAACUUUGCAUCGUGCCAAGCUCAAAUAACAUGCCCGGAUGUGUUCUUGAUCUGCUUAUUAUAUUGAGGAUGCAUCAGGAGGUGACUUGUGUGGACUUAUGACAGCCAAGUGUCCCAGAAUGCAUUUUGCAUCCGCGCCAAUCAGCUUAAAACCUGCACAAUAUUUGAAAUAUUACUCUUUCUGUGUCAUAAAAUGUAGCUGUUUAGUCAAGAAUAUAGCUGAAUAAACUUUAAAUCUGUGGUCAGUUAGUAAAGAUAGUGCCUAUAUUAAAGAUUUUGGAUAUUUCAGAUCAAGGUGAUCAGCAGGCGGUCAGCACCGUGUACACUGCCGAGGGCAGCCUUAUUUUGUCAAGUCCUUCAGGACUUGAAGUGCGACUAAAAUGGUCGCAUUUGCGACCAAAUAUAUUUAUUUGCGAGUGAAAUUUCUGUCAAGGUCGCCAUUGGCAACAAUACAAAUUUACUCCCUUUGAUUGUAAAAUUUACAUCAUACAUGCAUGUUUUAUAACCAGUAGCCUUCAUCAGUAUCACUUCAUUUGUUUUGUUAAAGGAACAGUAUGUAAGAAAUUUAUAUCAAAUAAUCAUAAAAUGGUCCUGAUAUGUCACUAGACAUUAAGAAAUCAUUUUCAUUUCAAAUACUUAAAUCACUGACAAUAGUGGUCUGGCCAGGAUAUUGUCAUUUUAAAAAGUUGAGUUGCAGCCCUCAACUGAUGUUUAUGUUGUCAUUUUGUGUAUUGGCCAUCAGUUGUGUGAUUGCAGAACCAGUUUUAGCCACAAGUUUUGUUAUUGCAGUACCAGCUUUGACCACAAUCCUACAUACUGUUCCUUUAAAGUCAUGAAAUUAGAUGCGUUGUGUGAACGUCACUGAGUGAAAGCGCCAAAAUAUGAACAAAAAGCAGGCUCCAGCAGCUGUGCCAGAACGAGCGCGGUAGAGAAUGCCAGAGACACAGGGAUUCCUCUUUCCGCAUCAGUCAAUGAACACCAGUGUUGGGAACGUUACUUUAAAAAAGUAAUUAGUUAUAGUUACUAAUUACUUCUCACAAAUAGUAACUGAGUUAGUAACUGUGUUACAUUAUUAUAAAAGUAAUUAAUUACCAGGAAAAGUAAUUACUUAAAAAAUUCUAAUAUUUCAAAUAACUUGAAUGCCCCUUACAAAAGGAAAUAUGUUAAAUGACUAAAAUGGAUACUAAAGAGAAAUCACUAAUUUUGUGGCAGCAUGUGAUGAUGUGAGUUGCUUUAUUAGAUCAGAAUUACUUGCCACAGACAUGGAGAGACUUUUUCCUCAUGGGCAUAAGUUGCACAUUACACAAACAUUAUUGCCUUUCACCUCAACAAUGGAAAAGUAGUGCUUUAUACUUUGUGUUUGCGACCGCUACCUUUGAGCUUGUUGAACUUACCAUCACCCUGUCGCCGGUGUUUUCGGAGUGAUUGAUGCGCGAUGACCGGGCUGCAUGUCACUGCUUUGAGAUGGGGCACAGCAGCAGCACCGCUGCUCGUUGAGAAGAGAAAACGAUGCGUAUUUUCAUGUCAGUCUACAAAAGUCUCCAACCACGCCAGAAAAGAUAGCUAGAUUUUUCCUAUAAAGGCGUUACACUGCUCGCUCGGAGCCUCGGACUGUGCGAGUGUGCGUGUCUGUUGAACUCUGCCUCUGGUUGGCUAACGAUGGAAAUUAAGCCAAUCAUCAUCAGCUUUGUGGUUGUCCUAUCCCCUCUAACACACACACCAAUCAUCAUCAGUUAUGUUUCUCACAACACACACACACACAUACACAUACACACACAAGAGAAAAACAGUGUUUGGCUGAGAGUUCAAGCAUACGCGGGUGAAAAUCACUACAGUGAGAUCAAGAUUAAUAACGCGCAGCAUUUUAAUGUCCGUAACGAUAACGGCGUUAUAACGGGGGAAACAGUAAUUUAUUUGAUUACUCGUUACUGAAAAAAAUAACCCAGUUACUAACGCCAAUUACUUAUAACGCCUUUAUUCCCAUCACUGAUGAACACGGUGCCGAAAGACAUUUCAAAACGUCCUGGAUUUUAGACUAUUUGCACGACAAAGAUGCUAAACGGAGCGGUUUUCUGUGCGCAUACGUGCACACACUCAAGCCCAACGCGCGUUUAAAAAAUCAGGCAAACACAUAAUUUCUUUGGGCUUGACAGGAGAUAUACGCACAAAUGAUCUUGUAAUGCCACAGUCCCUGAAAGUAUGCUCAUAAAAAUAGACAUUUAUAAGUGAGCAGUUGAUCAGAUGUGUCAGUGUAUAGAUCAGCGCUUCUCCGUUCUUAAAGGGACAGUUUCUCUUAUAAGUAAAGCUUAUGUUUGAGUCGUUAUGUAAAUAAGACUACAGAAGACAAAAGGAAAAUCACUUUUAUAGCUUUAAAAAGAUAAAUUGUAUUUAAUUCAUAGAAUGAAAACAGUGCUAUAUUAAUUUGAUACUGUUUUUCUACCUAAUCAAUACUGUUAGAUCUUACUUUAUUUGUAAAUUUGUUCUUUUCUAUUUUAUAU